UGCAUAUGACAAAUAAAAACCUUGAAACCUAAAUACAUAAGAAGAUCUCACCACUGCAUUGUUCUUGUCCACUCUUCCUUCAAGCUGUACAAAACAGAGCGUUAUGAUGUUAACUGCUUCAAUGCAAAGUAUAGCCUAGCAUGAUAAACCUUCAGCGCUUUACAACCAUAUUUGAUGCAACGUUUACUAUUAUAAUGCAGAUGGAUACCUACGUACUUUUUUUGAGAGAAAAGAGGGUCACAGUGAGACCAGAGGACCUCAAGACCGAAAAAAUAGCUGUCAUCUUUCAAGUGCAGAAGGACACUAUUUAUUUAACAGAUGACCACAACAUCGCCAUCUUCCCAGAGGAGAACGGGCACUUCAUCUCUGUGGAUCUGGUGGACCGGGGCCACUACGAGGUGCAUGGGGAUGCCUCGGCAUCAGCAGCAGCAGCACCACCACCACCACCUGCAACAGCAACAGCAGCAGCAGCGGACCAACGUCCACGUUUUGCUUUUCAGCGGCCUGUUGCCAGUGCUGUCGCGAGAACAAAGGCAUUUCAAAGUCGUAGAGAAGACACUGGUCUUCAAGACGUGGUGGCCGAGAUAGAGGAGGUGAUCGAGGCAGCCCAGGGCCUGAAGGAGGUCACCAAGAGCAUCAAGGAGGUAACAGAAGGGACUGGCAAAGCAACUCUACUGUGCCUACAAGAGGGAGAAGUGAAUGCCCUGAAGACUGUCUUUGGCUGCCUUGUGUGCACAGGUCCUGUGGAAAAACCCAUUUUUUCAUCUUGCUGCAGAAGCAUCAUCGGAUGCAGGUCGUGCAUUCAACAGUGGGAACACAGCCACGACUACUGCCCGAAGUGUCGGUGUCAAGACAGGGAGACAAAUGAAGUGGCUGGGUUGGACGAGGCCCUGGCAGUGCUGAGGAAGCUUUUUUAAAAUGAAUAAAUAAUUCAAAACGAUGUUGA